AGUAAAGUGAAGGUAGGAAAUGGUUACUAUACACUUCAAGGUUCUAAAAUAUAAUUAGUUUUUUCUGAUUUGAUCCACAACCGUAAAACAAGUUCAACCUCAAAAUUUGUUGCAAGCUACAAACUUCUCACUAUUUGAGGGGAAAAAGAAACAAAACGAGGCAGAAUUUUCCCACCCAUGCUGGAGAUUCCCGGGAGUUUGUAGUGACGUUCUCCUGUUUGACAGAUACAAAACGCAGCUUGGCCAAGGUUCAGCCAUUCGUGCUCUGGAAGAUUAACUUUGUACUCCGACGUUUUCUUUCUUCCAGCUUGACUGGAAGCUUGAGCGGAUCUCGCUUAUCACCCUUCCCCUUUCGACCACACGGCUUACUGGGGACGGCGCCCUCAGGACCGCGGCGCAGUGCAGUUCCUUUAAGGCGGCGCGCUGCGGAGCUAGAAAUCCCAGGAAAUAAUCUGGCUUCUCUGAUGCCUGAAAUGGCCUGUCUGGCUCCAGUCAUCUUAGAUCCUUCUCAGAUUGUAUAUUUCCCAGGAAAAACAGCCCCUGAUGCGCCGCGUCUUUCAUACUUCGUGAAUCAGAGGGCGAUCCUUCACGUCAUUUACCGAGGCAGUCAGAGCAACUUGUGUUGAAGCUUCUGACUAAAGCAGAAAAUGACAUUUAAACAGAUUUGCUGUGGAAAAUAAAAAAAAUAAAUAAAAAAAAUGUCCAUGAGGAGAUAAAUCGAGAGGAUGUACCGGUUCAACAAUGAGUUUCUCACUUCCCCAGGUUCCCCCUUCAUCAACGCGAUCAUCCACAAGGGUUUUGACGAGCGACACGCCUACAUCGGCGGCAUGUUCGGGGCGGGGAUCUACUUUGCAGAGAACUCCUCUAAAAGCAACCAGUACGUCUACGGGAUCGGUGGAGGGACGGGGUGUCCCACUCACAAAGACCGCUCCUGCUACGUGUGUCACAGACAGAUGCUGUUCUGCCGGGUGACUCUCGGCAAGUCGUUCCUCCAGUUCAGCGCCAUGAAGAUGGCGCACGCCCCCCCGGGUCACCACUCGGUCAUAGGGCGACCCAGCGUCAACGGGCUGGCGUACGCAGAGUACGUCAUCUACAGAGGGGAGCAGGCUUACCCAGAGUACUUGAUCACCUAUCAGAUUAUGAAGCCAGAGACUCUGGCUGCGCCCGCUGCCACUGCUGAGCAGAAGUCCUAAAGGACCGUCACAGCUGGAACUGAAGAUGACCAGAACAAUUUCCUUAACGGACCGUAAGCGAAGGAGGGGGGGAAAAAAACAGUCCACACCUCUGACGUGAAGUCUCUGGAGCCGAGUCCGAGGGGGUUGAUGUGAAAUAAUCCCUCGAAAGAUGCUGAAAUAUGCUAAAAGAGCAGACUGAGUCGGGCUUAACCUGUAAGUUCAGUCCAAAGUCAGCAGACGGCAGAAAUCCAUUCUUAUUUAGUGUGAUGAUAUGGAGGAGACGCAGGUUGUUCAGCCGUUUAGAGGCUCAGUCACAAAAGCCACAGACUCUUUGCUGUUUUGGUACCUGUGUGCUGCUCGUCCGUUCUGUCCUCACAUCUUAAUGGUUUGUUUUGACAGCCGGUCCCUCUUUUGCUGCUUUGAAUCAUUCACAAUGAGAAAUUUAGCAGCGGUCACGCCGAGAGAAAAGAAAUUCAGAGCGUUUAAUCUAACAUUUCCACCCUGUGGGGCUGAACAAGACAGAAGAAGACAGCGUGAAAUGAGUCUAAACAGAAAUAACAAGAGCACUGUAGACAAAUUACACCCCGGAGGCGAAAAAACCAAAGGCUAAUGGGACGCAGUCGGACCACAAUCCAACGCUGCAGACGUUCCGCUGCACUCUGUUAAAGGGACCAGCUUCGCUUUGCAGCCAGUUUUGGGAUAAAUCAGCUCAUUUACAGAGCAGCCGGAAAACAUUGAACCCAAAAAUAUGGACGCUAAUAACAAAAAUAAUAACAAUACACACAGUACUUUUGCAAAAGUAUCCAGAACCACUGAGCUUUUUUUGCAAUUCCACAUUAUAACCACAACCCUCAAUGUAUUUAAUUGGGAUUUUAUUUUAUAGACCAACAGGAAGUAGUACGUUAUUUUAAAGUGGAAGGGUACGUUACUCGGUCUGUCUGUUCUCUGAUGUUCCCCAAUAAACAUUCAAGGCCUUCAUGCACAGCUCUCUCCACAUGAAGAGAGUUGCUUGCAUUUGAUUUUAUUUUGAAGCAUCAGGGUAAAGAGGGCUAAAUGCAAAUGAAUGCCACACUUUUCAGAUUUCUAUUUGUGGAAAACCUUUAAAACUUAGAAGUUUUCGAGGACAGAAAAUGUUGAUUAUUCUUCCGUCUGCCAAACUGUUAUCCGCUAUUACACAGUUGGAGUGUCACGGAAAUCUCUUUUGAAAUUCAUUGGAAUUUGUAGCUGUACGAUUUGUGAUGCAAGAAAAUUCGACUGGUUUGAAGACUUUUGCUGCGUACUGUGUGUUCUUAUUGUGUUACUGCUCAAUUUCUGGUCUUAAUUUGAGAGAACAUGAGAUUUUUGAGGUGUUUAGUAAAUCUCUCCUCUCUGCUCUUAGAAUCACCUAAAAUAGUUCCAACUUUAUCAAUAAGAAUGUUUAAAAUCGUAAAAAAAAAAUACACUUACUGCUGCCUUUCCAGACCAUAACUAAUAUUUGCACACAAGCACCUACACAGUUUAUUUGGCACAAAUUAAAGACACUACUGUGAAGGAUUGGUUAAAAAAAAACAAAAAAAAAC